CACGAUAAAGCACAUCGAUAUGUCACGCACAUUCAUCCACAACGUGGAUGACGAGACGUUCCAGGGGCUGCGGCUCGAAUCGCUCAAGCUAGUCGACAACAAGAUCCAGGACAUUUCCGAGAAGAGUUUCAACUUCAUGCAACACUCGCUCGUCUCGCUGGACAUCUCCGACAAUCAGCUGCAAGGACUGCCGUUGGAUUCGCUGAAAAACGUUCAUACGCUAAGCCGAUUAGUGGCACAAAGAAACAACAUCCACCACCUGGACGGCAACUGGGGCAGCCUGGCGGACUCGCUGCGGAGUUUGCACAUCUCCGGUAAUUCGAUUUCGGAGCUGUCGCUGUUUUUGCACGAGGACAAGCGUUCCAAUCACACGGUGCCCACGUUCCAGGCUUCGUCCUCGAUAAUCACCGCAAAACACUCACCGUUGGGCCCGCCCCUUCCAGCAUCUCCCACGCAACAACAGCAGAAACCAUUUGCCAAGCUGAAAAAACUCGUUUGGUUGGACAUCAGCUCCAAUCGGAUAGCCCACAUAGGUCCAAAUAUUUUUCCGAAAUCGCUGGUGACGAUUGAUUUGUCAAAAAACAUCCUGACUGCGUUUCCUGCCGCGGUGUUGGAGCAUUUGCACGAUUUGCGGAUCCUAUCGCUGAAGGACAAUUUGAUAGCGAAACUAGUUGGCGUGGACAUGGCAGGGUCUCGAAUCAAAUUCGAAAAGCUGGACCUCAGCAUAAAUCUGAUAGAAGAGCUGCCCUCAGGGCUGUUCAAUGGGACGGUACGGGUGAAGGCUAUCAAUUUCGAUAAGAACUUCAUACGCAGCAUUCCGGGGGACGCUUUCCGAGAUCUGGGGGUAGUGCACAUGGUGCUGGCAUUCAAUUUUAUUGAAUCGGUGGAUGAUGAAGCUUUUGCCACAUUGGAGCAAUCGCUGGAGUAUUUAGACUUGGAGCGCAACCGGCUGUUAGCUUCCCCGAGGGCCAUUGGCAGUUUGAACAAAUUGCGGUAUCUGUACUUGACAUCGAAUGAACUGACGGGGAUCGAUCAGCUGCCAGCGACGCUGAAGGUACUGUCACUCAGUGGCAAUAAUUUUACCUCCAUCCCUGUGGAAGGGCUGGCUAAUUGUACUGAGCUGUCCUAUUUGAACAUGGGCUACAAUAAAAUAGCGGAAAUUGCGGAGAACGAUUUUGUCGGAUGGGGUGCCAAUUUGCAGACACUGCUACUUAGGAACAAUAAAAUAACUAGUCUGAAUUACGGCAUUUUCAAUGGACUGGACACGAUAAAGGAGAUUAGUCUGAGCUUCAACGAUAUUCAUUACGUACAUCCUAAUGUGUUUGAUAAUGUGUCCAGCACGUUGAAAAUCCUAGAGCUAUCGUUCGGAAUCUACCGGGAGGAAUAUCCAAUGGAUGCGCUCAGUGUGCUAACCGAGUUAAUGUGGCUGGGGCUUGACAAUAACAACCUGAAGGUGAUUCCUGACGAUGCCCUUUCCACUCUGAGCCAAUUGACAUACGUGAAUUUCGCAUUCAACCGAAUUACGGUGCUGCCACGUACGGUGUUCCGGUCGGACAUUCACAAAAAUCUCGUCGAAAUUGAUUUGUCAUUCAAUCAGAUUGAAACUCUUCACUCCGGCACGUUCGACAAUCUCGAACUGAUUCAAAUCAUAAAUUUGUCCUCGAACAAAAUAAAAAGCAUCGAGAAAAGCUGUUUUUUCGACUUGCCCUACUUGACGUACGUGGACCUGUCAUUCAACGGGAUGCAAAACGUGAGCGAAACUGCGUUUAGUUUCCUACCGGCGUUGCUCAGUGUGGACCUGAUGUACAACGAGAUGAGUACGUUCUCGCUGAAAAUGUUCAAGCACGUUUCAAAUGCCACCACCCCCAUGAGGCUGAAUAUUAGCAACAAUGCGAUCGAUAAUUUCGAUGGCGACGUGAAUUCACUUCUCUACGUUUAUUCGCUGGACGCCAGCCACAAUUUGCUCCAGGAACCCCUCGUCUUCCGUGCUCUGGCCUAUUCCCUUCGGAUACUGUACCUCAAUUGGAACAAUUUCACCACGCUCCAAAAUCAUGCCUUCGGCGAUUUACAAAUACUGGAAGUUCUCAAUCUAGCGCACAACAAUAUAUCAUCAUUAAGAAGACGCAGUUUUGCUGGUCUGGUUAACCUGCAGGAAUUCGAUUUGAGCCAUAACAAGAUUGAAGUGCUCCAAAUUGAGCAAUUUUCUCCGCUCAAAAAACUCCGUCUGCUGAAACUGAAUAACAAUCGGCUUCGGGCAGUUCCUCGCGAUGCCUUUCUCAACACACGAAUCGAAUUUUUGGAUCUAUCUAACAACCUGUUCGCUGCCUGGCAGGCAACCGCUUUCGCCGAUAUUGGAUUUACACUUCGCUCCAUCCAGUUUAGCAACAAUUUACUAGAGUUUCUCGACGAGUACAUGUUUACCAGCACACAAUACUUGCUUGAGCUCAACCUCUCCUACAAUCAAAUUAAACUCAUUCCGGAUAACUCAUUUGCUAAUCUCAACAACCUCACCAUUCUGGACCUCAGUUGGAACCCAUUCAUUACCAUAAAUUUCAAAGAAAUUUUCCUCAAUGUGCCACGACUCCACGAACUACACCUCCAACACACUGGUCUCUACCGCCUGCCUUCUCUCAUACUACCCCAACUAGUAACGAUCGAUAUCAGCCACAAUCACGUCCAAGAAAUCGAAUCCCUAGAGGAGCUCUACUACCUCCGAGAAUUCUACGCCAAAGACAAUAAAAUCAACAACAUCACCAACUUACUUCGAAACCUUCCGUCCUCCAUUCGAGUGCUGGAGAUCUCGCGAAAUCCAAUCCGAAAAAUAUCGUUCCAUGAUUUCACCCAAAAUCGACGAUUAGAAGAGCUCUACAUCGAAGACAUCAAAAUCACCAACCCAGACAUCUUCAUCAAGCUGCACAACCUCAAAAAACUUCGCAUUAACUCCCAGCACAACUUCUCCGAGCUCAUCUCAAAACUUCGUGGUCUCCAGGAACUCUACGUUACAGUCUACGAAGAUCACAUCGACGACAAUCUCUUCACGGCCAAAAUGCACACAAUCACCAAGCUGAACCUACUGGAGAUCACCGGACGCCGUCUGGUGCAGAUCCACCACAAAGCCUUCGUCGGCCUGGCGCGCAACCACGACCUCAAGCUGCGGAUACGAAACACCCUGGUGAACGAUCUUCCACCGGGGAUAUUCUACGCCCUCAAGUACAUCCCCCGGUUGAGCAUCGACCUGUCGGAUAACAUGCUGGCGGCGCUGGCGCCCGAUAGUUUCUAUCCGAACGCGAGCUCGUGGGAUGCCGUGGGGACUCGGAGCGUCAUCGGGGGACUGGACAUCAGCAACAACCCGAUGCAGUGCGAUUGCGGGCUGGUGUGGCUGGGGCACUGGCUGAGGCGAUGGCUUCGGGAGACUACGCAGGUCAACCCGAUCCAGAAGGACGAGAUGCGGAAGAUGAUCCGGAGGGCGAAGCGAAGUACCUGCACGGAUCCGCUGACCGGUCGACGAUUACCCUUCCUGGAGAUGUUCCCAGAGGAUUUGCUGUGCCACGCGAGUGCCCUCAGCAGUUUGGCGCUCAAGUUGCGCUUCCGGUUUAUGGUCAUCUGUCUGAACGUGCUGCUAAUACUCGUACAUAAAUCUAGGAUUCUGAUAUUUUAAUGCUCCGUUUCCGCGCACAAGCCCCGACUAUCACUUUCAACAAACUCCACCAGCAACAACAACAUCUGCACACCGUUAUAAAGCAUCAUGGAUUGCGGAGCAAAGUUAGCCGAACUUUCGUAGGAGAUUUUUUCUCUGGAAAAACAGCAGCAAUUCCUACUUCUGCGGAGGCACGUAAGAGAAGCGUUCAGUCGAAUGAUGCGGAUUAAGAACACUCCCACAAUCUACCGUUGAAAUGUAGCAUUUAGUCGGAAGAAGGGCGCGAACGAGGACGCGAUGCUGUAUAAAGGAUGAGCAGAGUAAGUGGAAAAGAUUUUUCUGAUUGCUUCAGUAUUGAAGGUCAACUCGUUGUACAUACUAGGGAAAUAUUUUUUUUAAUCGAGUAAAAGGUCCAAAUUAGUGUUACAGAAGCUCCCUUUCCUAGGAGUUGUUGGAUGACCCAAAAAAAAAAAAAUAAAACACAUCGUUUGAACGAGAUUUCAGAAAGCGUGUACCAAAGCCAACCUUUGUAUAAGUGAGUAUGUUCGCAAUUAGUGUCCCUAAGAAGAAAAAAACGAUAAGAGAGAAGAAGCUCUUAAAAUGUGAUAAACGGAAGAUUUGCUAUAUAAAUUCAAACUUAUAAAAACCCGAAAUGAAAAUAAACAAUCAAUAAAAUUGUAUUAAAUGGCGAGACGAGAAAACUUUUUCCGUUCCCAACGAAUGGAAGCCAGCAGCAAUGAGAAGGUGACAUGACAGACGAAAAACUCCCAUUUGUUCGUAACUAAUUUAAAUUUUAAUUUGUUCACCAUCUCCGACUGUUUAGUUCUCUCUCGCUUCUUCGUAUUCUGAGUUCGGCAUGGAUCGUGGUUGGUAAUCCACCGCAAACAUUCCCAUUUUACGUGAAGAGGAGCGAAUCUCACCCCAGCAGCAGGAGGCAGUCAAUAUGUUCUUUAACUUUGAAAAAAUAUGGUAAUAUGCUGCCAAAAACAAGUGUGCGAAAUUGGAGACGAUGCUUUCGAAUGGAUGGAAUUUUCAUUAUCCCAGUGGAGGGGACUUGAAGAUAAGGGUGCUCCUAAUGCAGCGAGAGGAAUAUUGAUUAUGGUUUCUGCCGUCAAUAUUAUGCAAGCAAUGAUAAAAUUAUGUCAAAGUACUCAAACUUCGGUUGUUUUGAUUGGGAUGAGGUUGACUUAAUGUAAAUAAUCUAUCGCGAAAACGACAAUUGCAAUGGAAGGUUGCAUGGAGAUCUUUGUAUGCAAUUUCGGUUGUAUUCCAGCUCAAUUUCCAAUCAAAUAAUUUGGUGUAGAAUAAUUUCAGAACAGUUGAACAGUUUUCAUUAGUAUGAUGAACAAUACAUAUUUGAAUUUAAAAAAUUUCUCUUUUAUCUCUUUGUUAUUAUUGCCACAAUGAUUAAAUAUGCAAGGAAUUUUGGGUUAGGAACAGAAGAAUCAUAUAAAAAGGUUGACAAGCCAUUGAUGAUGGUAACUGAAGGUUUCGACUUUCAGUCACAAUAAAGCGUUAAUUAUUCUAUAUCAUUGGCAAUGAUUAACAUACUUCUUACAAUAACAUACUGAUAAAACUUUGAAAGAACAAUGAGAAAAAGCCAACUCGGAUUUCUAACAUGAAAAAACACCUUUAGAUUAAUAUCAUCAUGGAUGAAUUUUGUUAGUCAAGUUGACUAAAACUCAAUCAAUUGAUGUUUUUCUUCAUGAAGAAUUCGUUCCUAGUUCCGGGCCCAAUAAUAGAAAACCCGUUCGACAAUGCGAUUAAAAGUGUCGAAAAUGGAAACCGCUCCCAUCUCCGUUUCCAGAAGAAAAAAGAGUUUUUUUUUGUUCGCUCAAUACUCGUUCAAAAAAACCCAAAACUCGUCCACUUUAGCCUG